AAUCAAUUUCAGCUGUGACGAAGAAUAUUGUAUUACAUUGAAUGCAUUCUGUAAGUUCAGUAGAACAUGAUUUAAAGAUGGCGUUGAAGUAUAAAUGGUUGUGUCUUCGGCAUACAGAUGUAUAUUAGAGCAAUCCACUCCGAAGCCUGAAUCACUGAUGAAAAUAGAAAACAAAGGGGGAGCUAAAACAGAUCCUUGAGGAACUCCUUUUUUUUUACUUGAUGGAAAGGUGAAGUAUAAUUUUCUAAACACAUACGUUGAGUGUGCUUAAAAAAAACAGUUUUCAAACCAUUUUAGAGGAGCUUCACUAAAACCUAUAGACCUAAGUUUCUAUAACAGUAGAUUAUGAUCGGCAGAAUCAAAAUCUUUGAAAGGUCAACAAAUAACGCUGCACAGAACUUUUUGCUAUCUAGAAAGUUUAUGAUUUCAUUCGACUUCUCUCUCCUCACAUCUCAUCCUUGCAUCCUUCUCUCACAUCCCAAGUAGGGGGCGCUAAGACGCAAGAAAAGGAAGUGAGGAAAGAAAACGAGGAUUCAUAAAUAACUAAUGAGAAGCACCCAUUGAAUGGGACAUUUGAGUUUUCACUUCCCAUUUCCGGCCUCAGUCGAACAUAGCACGAGCCUCGCCCCACCAAAGAAUACAUGAAUUCUGGGCGUGCUUUAGGACCUUCCCGGUGACGCUUCUUCAGUUGGUUAUAGACCCUGCAUUGGAGAACUGUGUGCUGUGAAUGCUUGUGUGUUUGUGUGUAAAGCUUCGUCAUGGUUCUGACUAUGCUGCAAGGCUUUGGGAAAAAGCUGCUGCGUGUGAAAGCGGUUGAUUGCAGCACUGAGGAAUCACGCCUGUCACGAUGUCUCAACACGUUUGACUUGGUGGCGUUGGGCGUGGGCAGUACACUCGGUGCUGGCGUGUAUGUACUGGCAGGUGCCGUAGCACGGGAAAAUGCUGGUCCUGCCAUUGUGCUCUCAUUCCUGAUCGCUGCUCUGGCCUCAGUCAUGGCGGGACUGUGUUAUGCCGAGUUUGGAGCACGGGUGCCCAGGACAGGCUCUGCGUAUCUGUACAGCUACGUGACAGUGGGAGAGUUGUGGGCCUUCAUUACCGGCUGGAACCUCAUCCUGUCAUAUGUCAUAGGGACAUCCAGUGUAGCUCGAGCCUGGAGUGCCACAUUCGAUGAGCUCAUAGGGAAACAAAUCGAAUUCUUCUGCAGGCAGCACAUGAGAAUAAACUCACCUGGGGUUUUAGCCGAGUACCCAGACAUAUUCGCUGUGCUCAUCAUCCUCAUUCUAACUGGGUUGCUGGUGUUUGGAGUGAAGGAGUCUGCUAUGGUGAAUAAAGUGUUCACGUGUGUCAAUGUGCUGGUGUUGCUGUUUGUCGUGAUCGCGGGUCUGAUCAAAGGAUCCCCCAAAAAUUGGAACUUGAAUCCAGAAGAGAUCCUUAACAGAAGCUUGAGUGGAAAUGAGACAGAGCUAUUGCCUUCACCUGACAGUCUGGGCAAGGGAGGGUUUAUGCCAUUUGGCAUCAGCGGAGUUCUCUCAGGCGCUGCUACCUGCUUUUACGCUUUUGUUGGAUUUGACUGCAUCGCUACCACAGGAGAGGAGGUGAAGAACCCACAGAGGGCCAUUCCUAUCGGCAUUGUGGCCUCGCUGCUCAUCUGCUUCGUGGCCUAUUUCGGUGUGUCUGCUGCUCUUACCGUGAUGAUGCCCUAUUACAUGUUGGAUAAAAACAGUCCGCUGCCUGUGGCCUUUAAAUACGUGGGCUGGGAUGGAGCUACGUACGCAGUGGCAGUCGGAUCACUGUGUGCCCUCUCCACCAGUCUACUAGGCUCCAUGUUUCCAAUGCCCAGAGUUAUAUGGGCCAUGGCUGAGGACGGGCUGCUCUUUAAGUUCUUGGCAAAGAUCAACGACAAAUCCAAAACCCCUAUAAUAGCCACUCUAACCUCGGGUGUUGUGGCAGCUGUAAUGGCUUUCCUGUUUGACCUAAAGGAUUUGGUGGAUCUCAUGUCCAUCGGGACACUGCUGGCGUAUACCCUAGUGGCUGCCUGUGUCUUGGUUUUGAGGUACCAGCCGGAGCAGCCUAGUGUGAAUGUGCAGUAUCAGAUCGCCAGGUCUCAGGAUGAUGCCGAGCCUGACUCUAUAAGUGAGAGCAGUUCAAAUUACCUGACUAAAGCUCAAGACGACUGCUCGCUCAGCAACCUGCUUUCCCCUAAAAACACAGAGCCCUCACGGCUGUCUGGCUUUACCGUCAACAUCUGCACCAGUGUAAUAGGUCUGCUGGUGUGUGUUUUCUGUAUUGUAGCAGUACAGGGUGCGUUUCAGGUCUGGUCCCUGGCUAUGUUGGGAGUCCUAGCUGUAGUAUGUCUCCUCGUCACUCUGUUAAUCUGGCGGCAGCCUGAGAGCAAAACCAAGCUAUCUUUUAAGGUUCCUCUGCUCCCUUUCCUGCCUGUGCUGAGUAUGUUUAUUAAUGUCUACCUGAUGAUGCAGCUGGACAGAGGAACCUGGUUGCGUUUUGCCAUCUGGAUGGCAAUCGGCUUCGUCAUCUACUUUGGCUACGGGAUCAGGAACAGCACAGGGGCCAGUAAUGGCACAGAAGACGACAACCCCUUUGUUACAAAACCUGUAUGUAAAAUAAAUGGACCUCUGACCCCAGAGAAAGAGGCCUUCCUCACCCAGCCUGUUAAUGAAGAGGAAGAGGAGAGCAGUGACUCCUAAGGAUGCUCUAAUGCCAUAUGGUGUUGUAGAGAAAUGAAAAGCAGAGUGUGGCUGUGUGCAGCCUAAUACAGACUUUUCAUUUUGCGAUCACGGAUUUAGAGCAUUCGUGGAAUCAAUGCCCUGUUGGUGGUGAUCAUGAGUUUUACUGUUACCAGUGCUGCUGACUUAUCAUUUCUAGCCUCGGGUGUGUCAUAUAGUCUAGAGUUGUUUGUCAGUACUCAUGAGUACGGAAAUGCCAGGUGCUAUUUUUUUAUGCCAAAUAACUUUGUUUUAAAUUAUGUUGCCAAAUUGUUUGCCUUGCGUAAGACAUGUUUUGAAUCAUGUAUAUUGAUGAACGAGUUGUUUAUGAGCAGAGGCUGUGUAUUGUAUAUAUUGCUCUGUCCUGGGUGUAUCGAUGAUACAGAAAAGCCAGUCUAGUUAUUACACCAUCAAUAUUUAUUUAUUUUUCCAUCAGAUUUAAGUAUGACUUGCCCAUCCUUAUAUGUGAAUGUUGCCUCACUAUGCUUUUCCUGAGGGAGAAUCGAGAUGAUUUUAUAAAUGACUAGCAUUAAAAGAGAGAGGCAGUAAAGAAAAUGGAAAUUGGAUAAUGAGCAUUUUGGUCAAAACUUCGGGUUAUAGGGUGGUAAUGUUCUGUAAUAUAGAAGAUUAAUGAUGAUUAAGAAUUGCAGUGCCUGCAUUAGGGUGUUUUUUUUCUUGUAAAGGUCUAAUAAUGUUUGUGUGUGCAUUUUAAAUUGUUUGUAUCAUGAGGUGAACUUUGGUUUAGGGAUUUAUAUAUUAUUUAUGAUGCAUCUUACAUUUUCCAUUUGAGCCACUUACUUGUUCUACUGUGUAUUCUGGUGAUCUCUUUAGGAAAGCAUGCACAUCAAGCUGUCUCCUAAAUGUCUCAUUAUUACAUGAAACUUUGUGUUUGUCAUCUUUGUGCUUGUUUUUUUGUGUGUGUGUGUGCGUGUUUUUGUAUUGUUUUAGUUUUUUCCCCGAAAACUGAAAGAAAAUAUCUACACUUUGAGGACAAAAAAGUUUUAAUCUAGACACUUGUAAGAUUUUUACUUUGUCCCCUUUAACAGUUCUGUGUAGAACACUGGAUCAAAGUGUUUCUAAUUAAACGUGUUCUCUGGAUCUAUUUGACAUCAUGGACCUUUUGAAUGUGGGCAAAACAAAGUUUUAGAUAGCAUAAUUAUAUUUGCAAAAUAUAUAAAAUUACCAUUUGUUAUUAUAAUAAUAAUAAUUGUUAAAGACAGCUGUACAUAAAAUGUAUAUAUUGUAUUCUCUUUUAAUAAAUUAUUUUCUUCUUUUUAAAAGUC